AGAGCUCAGCACAACACUUCCAGCCUGUGUUAUAUGAGAGCUUGGCUUGAGAUUCCACGCAAUUCCACGGCUACCCUACCUGAAUAGAUCCAGUGUCGCCGAGCUACCUUCGAAACUGCCAAAAUGCAAAGUCUCGCAUUAUUCGGCUGCAUCGUAGUUUCUCUUACAUAUCAAGCGUCAGGUGCUCCGCUAGGUGGCGAACAGGGAGCUACCCGUGAUAUCACAAAGGAAAUCCCCGAAGCGCAGAAUGGUUUGACUUUGGAGGAACAGUUACGGGAAAAUGUCAAGACACCUCAUGCAAUAAAACCUCUCGUAAAAGAUUCAUUACCUUCUCCUCAAGCUUUUAACUCUGAUGGAGAGAGAUCCGAGGGAAAUGUUCCACGGGAACAUUUAUCGCCAGAAGAUUCGGCAGGAGACGAGCAUGCAGACAAUUCCGAUGCAAUCCCAUCUGAGGAUGAAAGUAAAAGUCCAUUUAAUAACGAAACUGGAAGUCCAUCUGAUAACGAAAGCGCUGUGUUGCCGAGUUCCACAGGAAAAGCGGUUGUCGAGGAGAGUCAGACUGAAGAGGGUUUGUCAGAUUCGGACAUGUCUGAAGAAGAGGAGAUUCUGAGGACGAUCAUCGUGACGUUAAGGGACAACCCCGAGCUGAUCAAGGCACUUAUUGAUAGCGAAACGGAAGAAAUGCAAGAUGAGUUUUACAAACAAAAAGCCCGUGUGUCAAACCCAGACGACUCUGAAGAGCUUUGGGGAACCUUCCAGCGCCCAAACCCUCAACUUCAGAAGAUGCCCAAACAAAUCGAAAAGAAAGCCGGACAACCUAGUUAUCACGGUGACAAAAGUCAGGUGACUGAUAGUGUGGACAGCGAUGAAAUACAGGAAUACCCAGCGGAGCAAGAUCUCAAAGAUGGACCACCACAGGAAGCGGAAGAUGAAGUUGAAAAUGGAAAGCCGGAUGUACAUCGCCAUGAAACUCCCUUAAAUGUUUUGAGAGCGGGAAAGAUGCAGCUUCCGUCAGAAAGUGAUAGCAGAGAACAAAUGGAAACGGACAAGCACAGCGGAGAGGAAGACGAUUCCCGGAACGCCGAGACGCUAAUAAAUGAUACCCCGCAUACUGAUGAGCAACCUACACAUCUAGAAUCUGAGGGAAGAUCCGUUAACAGACCACAUCAUCCAACAGCUGAACAAACAGUUCAUCGGGCUCGACACACGCCCGGAAAGGAAGACAGCGACGAGAAUGAACUCCUGGCGUUGUCAAAGGCAUCCAACUUCAAGAAUACCCGGUUAUCUCGACCCCAUAUGUAAACCCUAAAUAUUUAAGUCCUUUUCUCUCGCAGACAAACAAUGGAUUACGAAGUUGAUGUGCGCAGGUGAAAGGAAAUAAAAUGUGAUAAAAGAGUAUUUAGGUAAGAACGCAGUUGGCUAUGUUAAGACAUUGAGAUAACAGUUAAGUAUGCGAAGUUUUCAUAAGAAUGAAAGCUGUGUUCAUUUAUUUAUUCACGAAUUGAUGUCCUCUAUUUUUUCUUGCCCAAGUCAGUGUUAAUGAAUUAUACAUCAAUGCAAGUUAAAGUUGUGAAAACCUUUAAGAAAUGUUCUUCAGAAGGAAAUGGUGUAUUGUUUAAAAUCUGUUCAUUUGUAUAUGUAAUUGUAUCUCCUAUUUACACUUCAGCUAUUGGGCAAAUAAAUUGGGCUAAAAAUCCGAUGAUAUACUAAGUGGUUUGCUGUCAGUUUGUUGCGUCUUUCCAAGUGUAACACUGGCAUGCUACAAAUUUGUUAGGUCUUUCUAAACGACCGAUUUCCUGUUCUCUUGUUAAGUCUUGCAAAGCGUAGCACUGACUUUGAUCCCAUCAGAUCAUUAAGUCUGCCUGAGUGUAACCUGGGUGUAACAUUCAUUAGCCUGUAGAGCCUUUUAGAGUGUAGCACUGACCUCCUGUUAGCUUGCAAAGUCUUACUAAGUAUAACACUGGUUUCCUUUUAGUUUGUUAAGUCUUUGUAGUGUACCCCUAGAUCGCUGUUAGCUUGUUAAGUCUUUCUACUUUGGUUGAGAGAUAACUGUUCAAGUGUUCCUCAUCAACAUAAUUAAAUGUAUCAACUUUGAUUUAAAUUCAACACCGAUAUUUUACCCACGAAAUUGCCUUUCCAUGGCCACAUUUUAUGCAUCCGUACGAAACGCAUUGUUUAUCUUACGCGAUUUGGACUGUGCACAAAAUUAAUGACAAACCUUUAAAGGUGACAAAACAUUCAUACAUAUGGAGUUUGGAACCAAACUGUGAUCUCAUGUAUACUGAUUGUAUUCGGUUUUCACUUUUAUACUGGCUCCUCUUCAAACAUUUGGCACGGCCUUCAUAUUUUCCCACCCACACCAAUUGUUAACUAUGUUACAUAUAUGUUUAAUAAAAUAUAU